ACAGACAGACGCGUUCCAGUUUUUUAAACUAUUUGUUUUUUUUCCUCUCCCACUUGAGAGAGUGUGUAUAAUGAUUCUUUCAGCAUUUCGAAUAAACAAAUGGAGAAAAAAAAAACCCGCAUGCUUAUCGUUCCAAUGAAUAUAAUAGCCUCGGAGGGAGGAGGAGGAAAGAAAUUUCGUCAACCCUUUCUUGACGCUGUUCGUCUCGUUUUUGUCUUCAACCUCCUUCUCUGUUUCAGACACUUCCCCCUUUCGGGUUUCUGUAACAGAGGAUCGGUCUGGUACGGACAUAAUUGUGAUCCCGAAAGGUUCGAGCUUUGGCGCCUGUGUAUGUGGGAUGGGUCUGUGCUGGGGCUCCCCGUCUGAUUCUCCCGCAACACCUGGCUCGACUGUGAUAUCGAAGUCAAUCAGCAACACGACAGCUUCUACGGCUACUUCCGGAGGGAGUAACAUCUCCAGCAAUGGCGGAUUCUCCGCAAGCAGCGGAGGAGACGAACCUUAUCCAGACGGUCAGAUACUAUCCGCACCGAAUCUGAGGGUAUUCACUCUGACAGAACUCAAAGCCGCCACCAAGAACUUCAAGUCCGAGAAUGUUCUUGGAGAGGGAGGGUUCGGAAAGGUAUUCAAAGGGUGGCUCGAAGAUAAGGCCUCGUCGACCGGUAGGCACGGUACCGCAACCGUGGUUGCGGUGAAGAGACUGAAUUCCGAGAGCUUCCAAGGGUUCGAGGAAUGGCAAUCGGAGGUACAUUUCCUCGGGAGGCUUUCUCAUCCGAAUCUCGUGAGACUGUCGGGGUACUGCUUGGAGGGUCGAGACCUGCUCUUAGUUUACGAGUUUAUGCAGAAAGGGAGCUUAGAGAAUCACCUCUUUCGAAGGGGCUCGGCUAUUCAGCCUCUCCCAUGGGAAACACGACUUAGGAUCGCCAUUGGAGCCGCUAAAGGGUUGGCGUUCUUGCACGCUUCGGAGAAGAAAGUGAUAUAUCGAGACUUCAAGGCCUCGAAUAUCCUCCUCGACGGGUCAUAUACCGCGAAAAUAUCGGACUUUGGGUUGGCGAAAUUGGGUCCUUCCGAAAGCCAAUCUCACGUGACGACACGGGUUAUGGGGACAUACGGUUACGCAGCUCCAGAGUACGUCGCUACUGGACACUUGUACGUUAAGAGUGACGUGUUUGGUUUCGGGGUUGUCCUGGCCGAGAUCCUGACCGGUUUACGAGCAGUAGACACGAGCCGGCCGAGCGGGCAACACAACCUGUCGGAAUGGAUCAAGCCGUAUCUAGCCGACCGGAGGAAGCUGAGAAGCGUGAUGGAUCCUCGGCUAGAGGGAAAGUACUCGAUAAAGGCCGCGUUCCGAGUGGCUGAACUCGCUCUGAAAUGCAUCGGACCCGAACCCAAGAAACGUCCGCCGAUGAAAGAAGUGGUCGAAGCCCUCGAACGCGUCGAAGCUGCGAACGAUAAGCCGUUGGAGCGACGACGGGCUCGUUCUUCCCCGACCGUUUCGAACCAGCAGAGCCAUUAUCAUCGUUCACACCAUCAGUCUCCGUGUCGUCCCAGGCAAGACAAGGUUCGAGCCUACUAGUGUUUUUUUUUUUUGUCGUGAAGGGUGAAUUUGAGCCUACGAGUGUUAUUAUAAUACGAACAUGAUUUAUUUUUUUUGGUAUUUGUUGAAGAUUUUGAACCGUUAUUUGUGACUA